AUGAAGCCCGUCGUCAGUGCUAUGCAGGCAUGGUCUUGCACCGUCAUCUCCUUCUUCGCCAUCAUCAUCCUCACCGUCCUCGCCGCUCUAUAUCGCUCCGGCCACGAGGAGCUCGUCGGAGGCGUAGACGAUCCCACUGAUGGCAAGGCCGUCUCUGGCACAGUCUUUACUGCAGUCUUUGUCUACAUCGUACGUGUUGCUCCUUUCGAUCCGAUUUGA